AUGCGUAAGUUUACGACCUUACCAUUAUCCUCAUCAUCUCGGAUUGGACUCUCUCUUUCACUAACCGGAAAACGAUGCUGUUCCUCUACUUCCUCUGGGUCUAAUGUUAGUGGAGGUUCUAAUGUGGGUCCUAAUAUUGCUCCUAAAAAACCGAAACGUCGCAUUUUGCCUAAUAUUGAUGCUUCAGCACUUCUUGAACGAGUUCCACGAGAUCCGGGUGCCCAUGCAGAACUUUCAACUGCUGAAUUGGAGCGAAAAAUUGAAGAGUGGUCAAAAAUGAAUCCACAAGAAUUAGAAGAAUUGUACAAAAAACUUGAAAAACAAGAAGAAGAAGAGAGUCGUGUACUUAUGGAAGACUCAUUAUAUCAAAUGGAUGUCUCAAUGCGAGAUCGUUCACGCGCUGCUGUGCGUGUUUUUUGGAAAGAUGUUAAUGUGAGUCCACUGGAUGGUCACGAUGGAUGGUACACCGUCUUGGUAGAUGGUCGUAAGGUAAAGGCAUUUGAGUCUACAAAUGUUCUUGCAAUUCCAAGUGAAGCUAUGGCAUAUUGCUGUGCACGAGAAUAUUCAGAGCAGUCAGGAUAUUUAAACAAACUCUUAAUGCCUAUGACGGAUAUGUGUAGUGGAGCCCUCACUGUAGCUCCACAGAUGAUAGCCCCACGUGUGGAUUAUUUAAUGUCUUUUUAUCAGAAUGAUAAUAUGUACUUCCGUGCAGCACCUAUUGCUAAUGAACAGGAUCGUGUUAUUGGUCCUAUUGCAGAUUGGUUUGCACGUGUAUUUGAAGUGAAUGUACCGCGUAUCGUAGGUAUUGGUCACCCACAGAUUCCACCAGGUGCAACUCUCAAAGUUCGAGAUGCACUACUGGCCAUGUCUAUGAAUCCAUACCAAAUUGUUUCGCUUUGUGUGGCAGCUCAAUUCACAAGUAGCCUACUUCUUCCACUCGCAAUGUUCAAUGGCAUUGUCGAUGUCCCAACCGCACUCUCUAUUAAUCGUGCUGAAGAAGGACAUAAUACCCACACAGAAGGUCUUAUUGAAGGAUAUCACGACAUUAGAGAAGCCGAUGUUGUUACGAAGCUGUGUGCAUGUGCCGCGACGUGGCAACUAAUGAAGGAUGUACCACUCUCAAAGUGUAUGGAGGUUCCACGAACCACUCUAGCUGAGGAAGCAUUGUGA